AUGGACGUGGACGAGGAGGCUGGAGGAGUUGAGGCUGGAGAUGACGAGGAGGAAUACGAGAUUGAGAGGAUCAUGGACGCGAAGAUUGGCAUGUUUGCAAAGGGCCGUAUGGGCUAUCUCGUCAAAUGGAAGGGAUACGGGGAUGAGCAUAACAGCUGGGUGGAUGAGCAGGACGCAGGGAACGCCCACGACCUCAUUGAUGAGUUCUGGGCGAGGAACAAGAAAGAGAAGAGGGCUGGUCGUAAGUCCACAGGGGCUCCGGCUGGUCGUCCAUCGACGACCAAGGCGCGCAAGUCAUCCAAUGCACGCGACGAGAGUUCUGAGGUCGAAGAAUUGCGCCCGAAAAGGCGAGGCAGACAGUCUAAGGCUAAACGCGAGGAAUCGGACAACGAGGUGGAAGAAGUGGAAGAGGACGCGCGGGGAAAGAAUGGCAAAAAGGCCGUCACAAAGGCCGCCAAGAAUGCUCCAGAGGAGGACUCUGAUGGCUUCCAGUCCAUGAACCAAUGGAUGUCGUCGCUCACUUGGGAGCAUAUCGUCGGACAUAUUGACACAGUCGAACGUGCGGACGAUGGCAAACUGAUGAUAUACUUCACCUUGAAGAACGGGGGUCGGGCGAGGCAGGACUCCGAGACCUGCAAGGAGAAGAUGCCUCGGAAGUUGCUUGACUUCUACGAAGACAAUCUGCGCUGGAGAGUUGUUCCGGAGCUCGAUUGA